AUGGCUCGUACAUUUUUAGAUACUCUCCCAAGAGAGAUUCGCGAUCAAAUAUACGGAUAUGUUCUAUCAUCCCACUCCAGAAGUGUGUAUCUAUCCGAAAGCGUGGUCAAUGACCCCGAUUACCCUCAAGAAGAAUAUUCAGCAGCUGGAAAGCCCCCAUAUACCAUCCGCUCCAAAUCUCACGGCGAAACCAUACGCCUUUCCUUUUUACGAACCUGUCGUCAAAUUUACCAUGAAGCUAAAGUUGUCUUCUGGGAGCAGAACUCACUCAUUCUCGAUGGCAUUCUUCCUCGAACAUAUAUCGAUCACCCUAUACUCGGCAGACUGCCAGGUUCGAUAGCCUCGAUGGCUACCUCGGUCGAACUCAAGAUAGAUAUAUUAGGUCGUUCAGCUUUCCGCAGGAAGUCUGAAUUAUCCGAAGACAGUCCUUCGCUUGUUCCAUUCGAAUACCAAUUGAAGGAUCUAGCACGAUGGCCAAACCUAAAGAGAAUAAAACUACAUAUGAGUCUCGGGGAAGACCCAUGGGGUAAUUACGACGGGUAUGGGCACAGUGGUUUCGCAAGACUACUCUACUGGAGACUUAGAGGCGGAUCAAAUGACCAUUGGCAUAACUUGGUCCGAUCAAACAUCAAAGCGUUGGAAGAAGCGGGCGGAAAGGAUGGUUACCUGUCUCACGUCAAGAAGGAAUUGGAUAUCAACACAGGCUGCGCACUUCCUAACGGUAAUGGCUUCCCUCAAAGAAUGCUAAAGGUGUCUACUGGAUCUCCUGGAGAAGUUCUACAAGAAUUAAGUGAGGCAUGGUUUGGUACUCUAUCAGUUGAUGGUAGACUAUCUUAUCUGGAGGGUGAAGAGAAAGAAGAUAUGUUUGUUCAACAGCCAGCACCACGUCUACCUAUGCUCGAUCAUUUCUUCUUCUUCAAAUACGACAUUGAUCGUUGGGUGGACGGACAAUCAGGUGUAAGGUUAUGGGGCAAAGCAAAGCAAAUUUGGCCAGCAGGAGAUGAGGGUAAACAGGCAAGAAGAGGAGCUUGGGAGGAUUCAGGGAGAAUGGGUUGUUCUUUUGAUGUUAUGCGCGAGAUUCACUGGCCAUGGAAACAAAUGUCACCGCCUGACUUUAUUCCGUAA